GUUAUUAUAUAGUAUAUUAUUAUUAUAUUAUAAAUUUCUCAAUAAAAUAAAUAAAUAAAAAAGAAUAACCCCAAAAAAUAAAAAUAAGGUGCGUUUCCACCAUGCUGCCACUAGGGGGGGGCAGCUACUUGUUUUGUUAGCCGGAUGUUGUGAAGAAGAACAGGGACGCAGCAGCAGAGGCAGCAGGCUAGGAGCUAGGAGAGGAAGGAUGGCAUCUACCAGCAUUUUCCUCAAGAGUUUGUGCAGCUGUUGAAGUUGUUGUAACUCAAUAAGAAGGUGUGACAGCAGCAGCUCUCUGUUUCCAUGGCCGGCGGCUGAUGGGUGAAGCGAUGCGGCACCACUGGCUGCUCCUCGGGGCUUGCGGCUGGGUGCUGCUCAUCCUCAUGUUUGUCAGCAAGUUCAUCAGCUUCAGAGGUGUAGAUGACUAUGGAGAGAGGGUUGGUGGUCAGAGUUGGACACUGCCAGGCACCAAGGUGGUUAAACCUGUUCCUGUUUCCAGCCCAGAGAAACCAGUUCCAAAGCAAUCAGAUCAGUCCUCAGCAGUACCUACAGUGACAGACUGGCAGUCGGUCGUCGAGAGGCGAGCCGAGUUGCUCUCAGCCGUGUGCAAGAACAGCAGCCUCAGGAAUCUGACUCACGUCUCCAUCAGCAAAUUCGUCCUGGACCGCAUCUUUGUCUGCGACAAGCACAAGAUCUUGUUCUGCCAGACGCCUAAAGUGGGCAACACACAAUGGAAGAAGGUCCUCAUUGUGCUCAACGGAGCAUUCCCAACUGUGGAGGAGAUCCCAGAGAACCUUGUUCAUGACCAUGAGAAGAACGGCCUGCCCCGUCUCUCGUCGCUCACACCGCAGGAAAUUACUCACAGAUUAAACACUUACUUUAAGUUCUUCAUCGUGAGAGACCCCUUCGAGCGCCUGAUUUCCGCAUUCAAGGACAAGUUUGUGAAGAACCCGCGCUUCGAGCCUUGGUACAAGCACGACAUCGCCCCGGCCAUCAUCCGCAAGUACCGCAAGAGCCACCGCGACAGCGACCUCGCCGCCUCCGGCCUGCACUUCGAGGACUUCGUCCGUUACUUGGGCGACGUGGAAGGCCGCCACCGCAUGGACCGGCAGUUCGGCGAGCACAUUAUUCACUGGGUGACUUACGCGGAGCUGUGCGCGCCGUGUGAAAUACACUACAGCGUGGUGGGGCACCAUGAGACGCUAGAGCAAGACGCCCUGCACAUCCUCAAAGCGGCGGGCAUCGACCAGAUGGUGUCCUACCCGGCCAUUCCUCCAGGCAUCACCCGCUACAACAGGACCAAGGUGGAGCAAUACUUCUCAGGCAUCAGCAAACGGGACAUCAGGCGUCUCUACGCACGCUACCAGGGUGACUUCCACCUAUUUGGCUACCCAAGCCCGGACUUUCUACUGGACUAAAAUGAUUAACACUCACUGAAAGACAUGUUUUCAUAUAAAAUCCUCUCAACAUGUUUGGUUUACUGAGAUAGAGGUGUAUUGUAGCUGACAGGCUGGUAUGGCUGUGAUGUUCUUAUUUUAGGAAUACAUGACAUGAUAAAUGUUGAGGCUGUGUUUGUAGUGACUGAAAAGUACCUCCUAAUGUUAUUUAUGUUUUUACGGAGCUAUCACGGUACAGUGAAGAGAAAAAGAAAGUGUUGCUGUAAAAGAUUAGCUGGCAACGUAAGAUCACAAAAUGAGAAUCCGACAAAAGCUGCAUAAUUGUGUGGAAAAAAAGUCAAUAUAAAGAUCAAAUACAGGUACAGACACACAUUUGUUUUCUUAUAUUUAAUGUUCAUGACUGAAUUAUCCUCAUUUUGUCAAAGAGGUGUGCUCUGUAAUGCCAGGGAUACAGGCCCGUUACCCUGUAAUGUAGCUAUUAUACUGCACUGUAUGAAUCACCAGUUACAAAGAUUCAUUCUGUCAAGGAAAGCUGUGGGCAAUGCUAUGCGUUUUUGACAUGUUGUGUCUUUUCUGUACUUCUUGCUAUCAUGCUAGACGUAGACGAAGAUAGUCUGUAUCAGGGAUGAUAACAUUUUUGGACAAGGAGAGCGAACGGCUAGAAUAUAAUACAAACUGAUCGGACAUCUAUUCUUAUAUAAGACAGUAAAUUACUCUUCCAAUAUCAUGAAAUACUUUCAAACUGAUUCGACGACCUUGGUCCUGCCCUGAUCCAUAGUGUAGCCAUUGUUCUGGUUGUUCUGCCUUUACUGAAACUGACCGAUCCAAUGCUUUUGACUCCAUUUUCUUCAGCUGUUACAUUGAAGGAAAACUGGCGCUGGAUUUUAAAGGAUCAUUUUUCUAUCAGAAAAUGUUACUGUGUAAAUGUUCUUAACAUGACUUUCAACUCAACAUUUGUAUUUACAUGUUGCUAUUUAUAAUGCAGUAUUAUUAACCUGACACCAACGGUGUCUCAAUUGUAAGGCCUCCCUGCAACCACCUGGUGACCUUUUGGACAGGCGGUCAUAAUACGAGGACGACACGAGUUAGUAAUAAAGUUCCGUGUGAAAUAA